AUGCUUUGUAUUGUUUUUCUUCUCGCCCUCUCGGCCGCUGGAACGGCCUUCGUCCAUCCAGGGGCGCUCCACACUGCGCAGGAUUUCCAACGCAUCAACACCCACAUCGCGAAUGGUGAUGAGCCCUGGAACACCACUUGGACCUUGUUGACUGCCAGCAGCUUUGCCCAGGCAGACUAUCAACCCAGUCCUAAGAUGAUCGUUUACCGAGGUGACAAUGGUGUCGACACAGAAAACUACCCGUCCCUGUAUCACGACACCGCGGCCGCAUACCAGCUCGCCAUCCGCUGGAAAGUCACGAACGACACAAGCUAUGCAGACGCAGCAGUCAAUGUGCUGAGCUCGUGGGCUGCGACACUGACCGCCAUCAAUGGUACCAGCGACAUGUUCUUGGCAUCUGGUCUGUAUGGGUACCAGAUGGCCAACGCGGCAGAGCUGAUGUCGGAUUAUGCUGGCUGGGACAGCAGUAACAAGACUGCCACUGCAAAUAUGCUCACCAAUGUUUUUGCUUCAAUGAACAUGCUGUUUAUGGAAGAGCACAACGGUAAUGGUUAUUAUCAUUACUACGCCAACUGGGACCAGUGUAACCUCGCCUCUCUCCUUGCUAUCGGUAUCUUCACCGAUAACCAGACAAUGUACGACUACGCGCUGGACUAUGUCCGCAAUGGACCUUCGAACGGUGCUUUACCUGUCUUUGCAAUUGCGAAUUACACGGAAUGUGGCGAGACCCUGACUCAAGGUCAGGAAGCUGGUCGCGAUCAGGGUCAUGCCACACUAGACUUGGCUCUUCUUGGAAUUAUUGCCCAACAGGCAUACAACCAGGGUGAUGAUCUAUUCGCCACAUACAGCAAUGAGAUUCUCAAUGCAGCUGAAUAUGUCGGAAAGUACAACGUCGGCUACGACGUUCCCUACACUCUUUACGAAAGCUACGAAGGCAACCAAACCGUCAUCUCCAAUGGCUCACGUGGAGAUAUCCGCCCUGGGUUCGAACUGCUCUCUGCCCACUACGGCCAGCUGAAAGGUCUUGACUCGACAUGGACCGAUGCUUACCGUAAUAUGGUGAAUGCAAACAGCACCGAUGGUGUUGAGGGAGGUGGUGGAAACUACGCCACGACAUCAGGUGGGUUCGAUGCGCUUGGCUUUGGUACCUUGCUCUAUAGGUUAUCGUAG